GACACCGUUUACUCUUUUAGACAACAAAAAAAAAUUGACAUGAUUUAUUGAACGUUCGUUUAUGUUAUUUUAAAAAACCAGUCUUAUUACAUUAAAUUUAUGCACAAAUUUGUGAAACCAAACAAGAUUAUGGAUCAAUCCGAUUAUGAUGCUCACAACAUCAUAUGUGAACUAAAUUAUCACAAUAUCCAUCCAGCAAUUUCGAAACGCCCAAUGUAUGAUCUGAUAAAUAUUCAUUUUGUAAGUAUGUUUGUGAGCACCAUAAUUAGAUUUGCGACGAUAAGAAUGGAUUAAACGGCGGCGUUUCCUACAAUCGUCAAAAUACAGAGCGGCAGAGGAUUUGUAGUGUAGCUGGGAAGAGUAGAGCACCAAAGAAGCUCUUGUCAUCGUUUUAUCGCAUCGUCGUAAGAGCGAGUGCUGACGCGGGCGGGUGCGUAUUUUCCUAGAAAAUACGUUUGGAUUCAGAGAAAAAAAUCAACUUUUUUUUUUGUGGUUUUCGAGGCCAAAUCCCUAAUCCGCUCCCCACCUCCGGGCACCCUUUUCGGUACUUUCGCCAUCUCUCUUUUUCCUCUUCAAUCCUCUCCCCACUUGUGGAUUUGGAGGUGGAUUUGUCCGUACUCCUGUCCUGUCUUCCCAAAAGGUCGAUCACUAUUCUCCUCUCUAGCUCUUCUUCUUCUUCUGGUUCUUUGGUACUUCUCGUUUUUAGUUGUAUCAGUUUACAGUUUCCAUUUCCAUGGUGGAUUGUAUAGAAUUGUCUUUGGAACUCAACAUGCCUUGGUUGUGAAUUCUUCUCCUUUCUAUCUCCCCCAGUUGGUCGGAGAUUUUAAUUUCCACUGCCUCGUUGAAUUGUCGAUGAGGGUUUUUUUUUUUGUUUUUUUAUUCCCUCUCUGCUUUUGAAUUGCGCGUUUUAUUGAUUUGUAAAAUUUGGAUGGGAAUGGCUUUGUGUGACUUAACUGCUGUUUGAGCUUUCGCUUCUGUUAGUCACUGGGGUUUGUUUCUUAUUCACUAUUUGGGUUGAUGUCAUUGUUUUGGGUCUCUCUGCCUGUCCAUUUCCUUCCAUACCCUGCUGAGUUUCAGAGGUUAAUGUUUGAGAAAUCCCUUGAAUGAAUGGCGCAGGUGUUCUUUGAAGUAAAAAGAUGAGUACUUUGGAUGCCACAAGAGCUGAACUUGCCCUCGUAGUUUUGUAUCUGAAUAAGGCCGAGGCAAGGGACAAGAUAUGCAGGGCGAUUCAAUAUGGCUCGAAAUUCUUGAGUAAUGGCCAACCAGGAACUGCUCAAAACGUUGACAAAUCCACCAGCUUGGCAAGGAAAGUUUUCCGUAUCUUUAAGUUUGUCAAUGAUUUGCAUGGUUUGAUCAGUCCGGUGCCUCAAGGAACUCCUCUUCCUCUUGUUUUGUUGGGAAAGUCGAAAAAUGCAUUGUUGUCCACGUUCUUAUUCCUUGAUCAAAUUGUUUGGCUUGGUAGAAGUGGCAUCUAUAAGAACAAAGAACGAGCUGAGCUACUUGGUCGCAUAUCUCUGUUCUGUUGGAUGGGGUCAUCGAUCUGUACCACAUUGGUCGAGGUUGGGGAACUCGGUAGGCUGUCUGCAUCAAUCAGUAAGUUAGAGAAAGAGCUUAAGAAUACUGAUAAGCAUGAGAAUGAGCAAUACCGUGCUAAGCUCCAAAAGUCAAAUGAAAGGUCGCUAGCUCUCGUCAAGGCAGGCAUAGAUAUUGUGGUUGCAGUUGGGCUUCUGCAGUUGGCACCCAAGAAAGUCACUCCUCGUGUAACUGGAGCCCUUGGAUUUACUACCUCUUUGAUCUCCUGUUAUCAGUUGCUUCCAUCACGACCCAAGUCAAAGAUAGCCUGAAGAGGAUCGGCAAGGUUUGAACGAAUGCGAUGGUCGAGGCAAGGAUAGCUUGAAGGUUGGCCAGAAGAAUACACUAGCUAGCAUGGAAUGUUUAGGUACCAUGCUGAAGAAAAGUUUUAAAUAAUUGGUUUAGUGUUUUGUCAUAUAAAACGCUUGUUUGGUGUAAGCUUUUGCUUUUGAGUUUUAAAAACCCUAUGUCACCACCACAUUUCAUCGGUCCUGCAUUCCUGCUUUGUUCUGCAAUGGAAUAAUAGACGUAAUGAUGUCUGAUUUGCUGUGUAACGAAAUGUCAUAAUGGUUCUUCUAAGUUCUAACCCUGUUGAUGAAAGUUGAAGUUAGGGCUCCACAAACAUCAUUAGUACACAAUAAUUUUCUGGUACAACG